CGGUGUUGAUGCUCAUGGCGGCGGAGGAGAGAUGGUAUUUUACCAAGGAAGAAAUCAACAACUCGCCCUCCAGAAGAUGCGGGAUCGACGCGGAAAAAGAGCUAUCGUACCGACAGCAAGGCGCCAAUCUGAUCCAGGACAUGGGCCAGCGGCUGCAAGUUAACCAAUUGGCUAUCAACACGGCCAUUGUUUACAUGCACCGCUUCUACAUGUAUCAUCCGUUCACCCGUUUUCACCGCAACUCCAUCGCACCGGCUGCCCUCUUCCUCGCUGCCAAAGUCGAGGAACAACCCAGAAAGCUGGAACAUGUCAUCAAAGUGGCUUAUCACUGCCUGUUCCGUGACCAUCCGCCUCUGGACACACAGUCAGAGGCAUAUUUGGAAAGAGCACAGGAGCUAGUCGUGAAUGAGAACAUUUUGCUACAGACCCUGGGCUUUGAUGUUGCCAUAGACCAUCCACACACACACGUGGUCAAGUGCUGCCAACUCGUCCGCGCCACCAAAGAUUUGGCCCAAACCUCGUAUUUCAUGGCUACCAGCAGUCUUCACAUGACCACGAUGUGUCUACAGUACAAACCCACAGUGGUGGCAUGUGUAUGUAUAUACAUAGUGUGCACUUGGAGCCAUUAUGAGAUCCAGCGGGCGACAGAAGGCAAGGACUGGUUCUGGUACGUGGACAAGUCGGUGACGCUAGAGCUCCUGGAGACCCUGACAGCCGAGUUCCUGGCCAUUCUGGACAAGUGCCCCAACCGGCUGAAGAAGAUCAUGAACUCCUCCCAGCACACAGACGACCGGAGCAAGAGCAGUCAGGGCGGUUCAUCAUCCUCAUCCCUCUCGUCUUCACGGGCUGUAACGGGAGGUUCGUCAUCAUCUGUCCCAUCAUCCAGGAGUCAUGAUCAUAACUCUCAUAAUAAAUCAGGCGUCAAAGUGCCACAGUCUCAGCCUCACCAGCACCCCCAGCCCCCCAAGCUGAACCUUAAAGAAUAUAAUGAAAAACGUGAGAAGGAGCGGCGUGAGCGUGAGAAGAUGCGUGACCGGGAUGUGGUGGACCCACGUGAGGGCCGGCAGUUCACGCUGGUGUCAACUUCACACUCCUUGCAGUCAGCACCCCCCUCCACUGUUGCCACUAUCGCCUCAUCGCACUCGCUGCACUCAGUCUUGCCUAGCUCCCGGGGCAAGAGCAGCAAGGGCAGCAGCGGGCGAAGCAGCCACCCUGAGCAUGCCAAGGCCUCGGCUGUGCAUAGCACCAACCACAAGACACAUGGCCAUGGCACCACCAACCAGGGAUCCCGGGGAGAUGCCCAACCCCCCCUGGAGGCGUUGCGGGUGGGCACAGCUGAUGCUCGGCAGGACCAGCGGAGAGAAAUUAGUGCACGUAGUGAUAGUGAUCGCUUUGACAAAAGCAACAGGACUAGUAGCAGUGUCGUGGACGGCAGAUUGCUGGGACACGAGACAAAACCUAGUGUAUCAGACAUUAGACAGCAUCAUGUAGUAGAUAUUAAGCACUCUAGACAGUCUUUAGAUGCCGCAGUGUUAGAAAGAAAAAGUGAAAUAAAACAUGAACAAAGAAUGGCAGAACGUAAACCUCCUGAGCCAAAGUUAGAGCAAGUGAAAGUAAAGACAGAUAUAAAAUCCGAUAUAAAGACAGAAAUAAAAGAAGAGAAAACGUCAGACACUAAAUCCGAAGCAAAGGAGUACAACACAAUUUUCCAUAAUAGUGACAUGUCUGAUUUUACUCUGAACGACUUUUUGAGUGAUAAUAAUUUCCUGAACUUAAAUGACGGGCCCCCAGAUGAGCUGUUUGACAAUUCCGAUAGUGAGACAAAGCCUGAUGUUUCAACCAUACUGGAAGACAAGAACUUGUUACCACAACCAGUUCACCAGAAGAGCAAGUCCCCUGGUGCCACUGCUGGGGUUGUGAGUAAUGCCAGUAGCAAUGGCGAACAGCGGGUCAGUGACAGUGCCGCAACAGCACCCAACUACCACAAUCCUCGAUACCACAGUGCCACCAACGGGUCAGUACCUCCGCCACAGCCGACUCAGACGACUCCCCAGCACCCCUCUAAGAGCUCCUCUGGCAGCAAGAGGUCGAGAGAGAGCGAGAGACGGAACAGUGAGCGGGGCGAGGCAGAGCUGGUGCCGAUGGUCACGAAGCUGGAGGAUACCAAGUAUCGCACAGCUCUCAGCGACCCGGCGACUCCCAUUAAAGUACGUGCCGAAGCGCAGAACUUGGCCAUUGCAAAUGCGACCUCAAAACCCACUGCUGCGACGCACAGUGCUCCUGCACCAGCAGUUCCAGAACCUGUACAGAAGAACCCAAGUGAGCACGUGCUGCGCAUGAAGCUUCCGCGACCUGAUCACCUGAAGGAGUCUCAGCCUGACCCCGCCACUGUCCUCAUGGUAGGGGGUGUGGGCUCCCAUCAAGAUCACCAUAGCAAAGGACAAGGUCUUGUACACACCAGAGUCAGGCUCUGUGCCCCUGAGGACCCACUCCACCACAGCGACACCAGUGGCUCCACCCAUAAACACCACCAGUGCUAACACAACUCCCAGCAUCCCAAAGUUCAAGAUCCAAAAGUCUCGCCUCAAGCAAAAGGACCUGUUUGGAGGCACAUCAUCUACUUCCCCCGAGAGCAGUCCUGCUGGUGACCUGGCCCGAGACACUCCUACUACCUCUCUAAAGAUCAAGAUCAGUCGGGACCGCCUUCGUCCUGAAAAGGAAUCGAAGAAAAGGGACCGGGACCGAAGCCCCGGGGACAUCCAGGCGGCCAAGGUCCCGCGCAACGGCAGUGAGGCUCGGUCCACCCACGCAUCCCCUCAGGUACCCAUAAAGGACUUGGAUCCCAGUAGGUGGAGCUCUCAGAGGCAGUAGUACUGGCAAAACAGUUGUAGGCAAGUGUUGUGUUUAAAAAAAGAACAAAAAAGAAUAAAUAAAAGUAAGAAAAUACACAGAGGGACCUUGGCCACAAGGCACAGACAUUUAGCUGACAGGCAGUUGUUUUGCACUGUCCAUAA